ACAUAUUUCCGUCUUUUCCUCCUCCUCACUUCGACGUCUGGUUUUAAAACAAUUUUUAUACCGAAGAGGACUUUUUUUAUGACAUUUUAUAAUACUUUUAUGGAAGAUGGAGGAUAUUUUACAGUUGUAAUUUACCGUCAAGUUCAGCGGAAGGCUCCUGUAGGUAGCAGGACGCUGGUCUGACUGCAGCCACCAUGAGGUGACGAUUGCCACAUCUUAUCCUUUACCUCACUGGGACACAUGGCAAGGAUCACGUUGUCCUGCCUGCCAGCCUCCUGGUACUGCAGCGCGUCCCUGCUGUCUCUAAACUGUGCCACCAAGCAGAGGCUCCUCUUCCUGCUGCUGCUGUUCAUCACCUCCGUUUUCCUGCUGGCCUCCUACCAGAGGCAGCUAUGGGGCUCCCAGCGCCGGCCGGGGUCCCGAGUCAACAAGUACCUCUCUAUCGUGGAGUCCUUGGAGGCCACCAAUGUCCUUGACUCUGCUCUGAAUUAUGGGAUUGUGGUGGACUGUGGCAGCAGCGGCUCCAGGGUUUUCGUGUACUACUGGCCCCCUCACAAUGGGAACCCCCACACCCUGCUGGACAUCCGACAGAUGAGAGAUAGUGACCAUAAACCUGUAGUGAAAAAGAUCAAACCCGGCAUUUCCACUCUGGCAAACACACCAACACAGGCCAGCGAUUACCUGGAGCCUCUCCUCAGCUUUGCUGCUGCUCAUGUUCCUGCAAGCAAACAUAAAGAGACGCCGCUCUACAUCCUCUGCACUGCUGGCAUGCGUCUGCUGCCUGAGAGCCAGCAAGCGGCCAUCCUGGAGGACCUGGUCACCGACGUUCCUCUGGAGUUUGAUUUCCUGUUCUCCCGUUCACACGCUGAGGUCAUCUCUGGGAAGCAGGAAGGAGUGUACGCUUGGAUCGGGAUUAAUUUUGUCCUCGGCCGCUUUGAUCAUCCUGAGGAAGACGAUGCUUUGGUUGAAGUGACCACCGGGUCCGAAAACCAGCCGCCAAUCAGCAGACGCCGCACCGUGGGCAUCAUGGAUAUGGGCGGAGCUUCCCUUCAGAUAGCUUACGAAGUGCCCAGCGCCAUCACCUUCAGCUCGCCACAAGAGGAGGAGGCAGGAAAGAGCGUCCUGGCCGAGUUCAACCUGGGCUGCGACGUCGAGCAGACGCAGCACGUUUACAGAGUGUAUGUCACCACAUUCCUGGGCUUUGGAGGAAACAUGGCCAGGCAGCGCUACGAGGACCGGCUGGUGAACAGCACGCUGCCCAGAAACGGGUUUCCGGCCACAGAGAUGGGUCUGAGUGAGGAAAGGCCCUACCUGGACCCCUGUCUUCCAGUCAGCAUGUCUGACACCGUCACCCGGGGUAACCACACCGUGUACCUGAGGGGUCAGGGUGACUGGAGUCGCUGCAAGGAAGCUGUACGACCUUUCCUGGGCCUUCACAAUGGCACCAUGUCUCCACAAGGCAUAUACCAGGCUCCCAUCAACUUCAGCAACAGUGAGUUCUACGGUUUCUCUGAGUUCUUCUACUGCAUGGAGGACGUGCUGAGGAUAGGAGGACAAUACAACAGCGACAAAUACACACAAGCUGCCAAGGACUACUGUGCUACCAAAUGGUCGACCCUGAAGCAGCGUCUGGACAAUCAGCUUUUCUCUCAGCAGGCUGACAUCAACAGACUCAAGCUUCAGUGCUUCAAGUCAGCCUGGAUGCAUGAGGUGCUGCACUCCGGCUUCCGCUUUCCCACCGACUACCGGAGCCUGAAAACGGCCCAGUUGGUUUACGACAAGGAGGUGCAGUGGACCCUGGGGGCCAUCCUGUUCAAAACGCGCUUCCUGCCGCUCAGGGAUCUGCAGCAGGAGACGCUGCGGCAGGGCCACCCCGGCUGGCUGCGGCCCUCUUUCGUCUACAACCACCACCUGUUCUCCCUCUGCCUCCUGGUGGUGGUUCUGGCCAUCCUGCUCUACAUCCUGCGCCUGCGGAGGAUCCACCAGCGCGAGCUGCGGCAGGUGGAGGCGCUGGAUCUGCUGUGGGUGGAAGAAGGCGAAGCGUUGCUGCCCUGAGAGACGCGGUCUGUCCUCCAGCGUUUAAACUUUAAACCACAGAGGAAUCCCACAGCAGGAACAUCUGGAGGGAACGGAUCUGAGGAGCCAAAGCCCAACGAGGCAGGAAACCAAAACCACACUUUCUGAUUUUUAAUUCUUUAACUUUGUGAACAGAUGAUCCACUUUGUUCUCCUCCCUGGAUGGAGAGAAACAUCCCAAACAACUUUCCAUCAUUCCUUCCAAACGUUCUCUUUAGGUGUAUUUAUUAAGCUGGGUUUGUUAAAGCUUCUGGUGGGAUUCUAGCUGAUGGGCGACCAUUCCAGGGUCCUCCUCAGAGUUUGGAGGCGACACUCAUCCUAUAAGCUAUCAGACUGACCCAGUGGGAUGCUGCUCUGAUGAAAUUCAGAACUUUCAGUAAAACAACCAUAUUUUCUGAAGGUCAGAACCCUGGAGAGGGGUCCAUAUGUCUGUAAAAGCUCAUAUUUCAUAAAGAAUCUUUAAAUCCUGCAGAAAUCAUUUCAGCUUUAAUCAUGGACCAUAAAGCUUCAUGUUGACCUCCUUCAUCCAUCCCAUGUCUUGCAAACAGCGUUAUGUUGGAAGAACCCAGCGACCAGCGAGGUUUCAUCCAUCCGUAAACUGGUGCCAACUAGAAAGAAUCCAAAUCCCAUAAAUUAAUAAAAGAAGGUUUUGUUUCACGUUUAUAUUUAGCUUAUUUUGAAGAACUGGGCAGCUACUGUAGAGCAUGGUGGUGGCAGCAUCAUGGUCUGUUUGGCCGUGAAAGUUGCUCUGGUCCUUUUCACGAAAUGGGCAAAAAAAAAAAAGCUAAAAGGCUAUUUCCAAAUGUUUCACAUGACCUCAGAUCAGCGAAUGGUCCAACAUCCUGACAACCAGAAGUUUCGGAGGCCAACGGUUUGGUUUGUCAGAAAUACUAAAGGACGACUGUUUGAUUUUUACAUUGUUUGGAAACGGAGGGAAAAAAAAGUCCCCUAAUAGGUUCUCAUUUGUAACUUUUUUAUCAUCGUUUCAUCAUUAAAAGAAAAGGGAUAAAUCAUAAAUGGUCCAAAAUGAACAACACUCCUGUCAGCAUAGAGGUUCUCAGAGGGAGAAAACCAAGCCUCACCAACGACUCGCAGACAUUUUUAUUUCAUGUUUUUAUCCGUUUUAGCCUAGAAGUAGAAUCCUUCCUUCUGUUUUGAUCCUUCUGACCCUCCUGCCAUCGAUCCUGGCCUGUUUUAGCUCCUCCUACUCAUCCUCGGCUUCAAAAUGGCCGCUGAUACUUGA